CGAAGUUGGGAUUUACUGGGCAUAACCCUUCGAUCCCGCGAUCUUGUGUCAAGUACUCCACAAGCACGUCACUUUUCAAUCUUCCCUCAACACCCCCAUUCAUGGUGGACCCCGCAAACGUCGUGCCGAAGCGCGUUGUCAUUGUUGGCUCGGGGGUCACGGGCCUCGUUGCCGCCCGCACGCUGUCCAAGUACUCGGACUGCCAUGUGACGCUCGUGGAAGCGGCCGACCGCGUCGGAGGCCAUGCGUACACGAUCGACGGGCCCACGGGCGAGCGCAUGGACAUUGGGUUCAUGGUCAUGAACGAUUUGACGUACCCGAACUUGAUCAAACUGUUCUCGGACGUCGGCGCGGCCGUCGAGCCGUCUGACAUGUCGUUCUCCGUGUUUGACGAGUCGGAUUCGUGGUCGUUUCAAAGUUCGUGGAGCUGGACGCUGGAUAACAUCUUCCGUCCGCGGCUGUGGCAGUUCGUCAUUGCGCACAAGGAGUUUGCCGCGCGGGGUCUGGCCUUCCUCGCCGACGACACUCCCCGCACGACCAGCACGCGGGACUUCGCCGCCGGACUCAACCAGCGCUUCGUCGACAAGUGGCUCGUGCCGUUCAUCUCUGCCGUGUGGAGCACGUCCGCGGACGGCGCCAUGGAUUUCCCAAUCCAGCCGCUGCUCAAGUUCAUGCACCACCACAUGUUUCUCACUUUGGAAACGGUGAAGUGGACAACUCCCGCGGGGCGGUCAGAAACGUACGUCCAGAAGGUGCUCGACAUGUGUCCGCACGUCGUCGUCCGGACGUCCGCGCCCGCCGCCCGCAUCGACACCACCACCAAGCACCUGGUUCUCGAAUCCGGCGAGGAAAUCCCUUAUGACGCCCUCAUUCUGGCCUGCAGUGCGCCGCAAGCCGCCGCCCUGGCACCCCCGCCGUCUACGCGGGCGUGGUUAGCUCAGUUUGAAACCAACUCGUCGCGUAUCGUGUGCCACACCAGCAGCCGCGCGGGCAUGCCGACUGUCAGGGCCGACUGGUCCGCAUGGAAUGUCUCGAGCACCCCUGCCGCGGGACCCCAAGUCACGUACUGGAUCUCACGGCUGCAGACGCUGGCCAACCAGUCUGUGUACUUGAGCUUGAACCCAUCGUCGACGCCAGAGGGUACAUUCUUCGAGACCGAGUUGGCCCAUCCAGUGAUGAACGCCGCGGCGUACCAAGGACAAUUGGACGAAGUGAAAUUCCAAGGUCACGGCGACGUCUACUUUGCCGGCGCGUGGCUCCGAAACGGGUUCCACGAAGACGGAGCCGUGUCGGGUAUCAUCGCCGCCCGCCGCGCCAUCGGUCGCGAGGACAUUCCCGUGGAGUUUCCAACUUUGGCGGGUCUGCCUGCCGUGCCCGUGGUCGGCUGGAGCCACCACUGCCGGUUCGCGCCAUCAAAACAUGCGUACGCCAUCAACUACGACAUGCACUUGUAUCGAUUCGACACGCGCAGUCCACCCGCCAACUUUUGCCGGGUCGACCACUUUGGCGAUGCCAGCGUACCCCUCGACACGUGCGUCCGUCGGGAGCUAGCCGCGCGAAUCAACUACUGGCCACUCGGCAAGAUCGAAGCGGUGGCUAACCUGCGGUACCUCGGCCUUGGCUUCAAUCCCAUCACGCCCUACUUUUGCCAUGACGAAGCGGGAACCCUCACCGCGCUGCUCUUAGAAGUGCACAAUACCCCGUGGAACGAACGAUGCUUGUACGCGAUGCGCGUCGGUCCCCACGACGUGCUCGACCCAGCCAUCCACCCCAAGGCCAUGCACGUAUCGCCAUUCAACGCACCGCCAUCGUCGGCGGCGGCAGGUAUCGCCGUUAGCCAGUCCGAGUACGAGUUCAAACUCGUGGGCAAGUCUAGCAUCACUGUAACGUUGCGGGACCAAGUGUCGAAGUCGGUGAUCAUGACAGCAUCUUGGAAAGUAGACGACACCACGUCACAUACGGUUCAGACGGGUUCUUGGCGUACAGUGAUCCAAAUCUACAUCGAAGCGGUCAAACUGGUCGUGAACGGGCUCGUGAUGUACUCGUACGAAGCGCAGCCCAAGGUGUCGAUUACAUCGCCCUUACUGGUCGUACCCGUGCUUGUGUUUGGAGCGGUGGCGGCAGUUCAAUACCAUCAAGGGUUGGUUCUGUCGGCGUUGCUGUUUGCGUUGCUUGGGCCGUUGGUGGCCGUGCAUCAUCGCUACCACGGCGCGAUGCUCCCGAUCUCGAUCCUGGCUGUGUUGGUGGGUCUGUGUGCAUUUGCGAAUGCAGCCACUCACUCGACGCUCCGUGUCCAUGGAGGUGUGGCCGCCGUCGCAGCUCUAACCACGUCACUGUUUGCCACGCCAGACCACUUCCAGUAUAUGCGCCUUCUGAGCUAUGCGAACGCGGGCAUGGCUGUGGUAUGCGACAGCGUUCUCCCCCACUGGGCACCCCUCUGUGCCGCGUACAUGAGCAUGUUGUUCCUGUGGACGAGUCGGCACUCGACGUCCAACGUCUGCGGGUCCGUCGCCACCGCCGUCCAAGCCGCGUCCGCCAUCCACUUGGCGUCGGAGGCACUGCUCAAUCCCGCCGCGUUCCCCCUCGUCGAGUCCCUGCACGGCCUCCUGGCCACCCAUUUGCUCUACGGACUUCUGGCGCCAUCCUCCAACUGGGAGUUCUACCUCCACAUAUGCAUGGUCCUCUUGGUGGGUGUGCUACAUCUAGUGUGGGAGCAGCCCGUGCUCUUCUCAUGGCCCGUCUUGACCUUCUUGAUCGGCGUGCAGAUCACGCUAUCCACUGCAUAUGCGUACCUGUCUCGGUCCAAAGGCUUCUUAGCGGCGCGCGACCGCGUCGUCAUCCGCGGCAUGCGCGCCGCCCUCUCGUACGCCACGAACGGCCAGGUCUUGGUCACUACGCCCCACGAGUCCGAACAAGUCGCCCCCCCUUCGGCCGCGGUUCUCGUUGUGAACCAACCGUUUGCGUUCUUCGAAGCACUAUUAUCCAAUGGCGAACUCGGGCUCGGCGAAGCGUUCGUGCGCAACGAAUGGUCCGUGGGGCCCCACACUACCCUCGUCCAGAUCCUGUCGACGCUGGCCGCCGCCAACCUUCAGGACAACCUCUUGCUCCUCGUCCUCCCGUACAUGACGCCGUCGUUCUACCUCCGCCGCGCUGCAUUUCUCCUCCGCUUCGGCGCGCUGGACCGCACACAGAGCGCCAACUCCAUCGCCGAGCACUACGACGACGGCGACGCGCUCUUCCGGGCGUUCCUGGGCGAGGACAUGGUGUACACCAGCGCCUCAUGGGAUGGUUUAGCCCCCGACGCCCCGCUGGCGGACGCCCAGCGCCAUAAAGUGCAGCGCAUUCUAGAGCUAUCCCAAGCCAAGCCUGGCGAGAAACUCAUGGACAUCGGGUCCGGGUGGGGGUACCUCGUACAUGCGGGGCGCCAGCGCGGGAUCCUCGCCACGGGGCUGUGCAACUGCCGGAGUAUGGUCGCGGCGGCCCGCGCCAGGUACGGCGACCCGCUCUUCGCCCUCCAGGACUACCGCGACAUCCCAGCCACGUACGACCACGCCGCCGUGACCGCCGUCGAGAUGAUCGAGGCUGUGCCCGCCGCCCAUUAUGCCGACUUUGCCGCCGCGUGCCACCGCGCACUAAAGCCCGGCGGACGCGUCGUCAUGCAAGUGAUCCACGCGUACGCAUUCAACAACCCCGUGGCCCGUACCCGCGCCCCCACGCCCCUCGGAACGUUCGUCACCACGCACAUCUUUCCCGGCCAGCAGGUGCCGAACUUGGAGUUCCUGCACGAAGCGUUCCUGGAGCACAAGUUCAAGCGCGUGUUCACAGAGACCCGGUCCCAUGACUACGCCGACACGCUCAUGCUGUGGGCGGCCAAGUUGGACGCGGCGCGCCAUACAUUGCCGCCCACGGUCUACCGCAAGUACAAGUAUUACCUCAACUGGUGCGAAGUCGGCUUUCGCAUCGAAAAACUUCAUCUGUCCCGAGUCGUGUUUGAAAAGCCAGUGGAUGCCAACUACUCGGCGCCACGGCCGCCGCCUCAACCGAUCAAACUCAAGUCGCUGUAAACGACUAUACUAACAACUAGAACGAACAGUAUAUACUUAUAUACAUAAAUACAUUAUAUAUAUAUAUAUGUCUUGAUGGGAUGCAAC